UUCCCUCCAUCUUCUUGCCCGGCCGUUUUAGAGAGGGUUUAGGGUUUAUAACAUCCACUAUCAUCCUAAACCCUACGCCCUGCAAUUCAAUCAAUGGAACCAAAAGAAGGGGAAAAGCUCUCCCUAUUCACCCUCAAACUCAAUCACAAUCACGAACUAAAGCUCAAAGAGCUUCUGCGGAACCUAACUUCAAUUGAAUUACAACUCUGCUCCGAUGCCUCUAAGGAGUUCGUCAAAAUCCUCAAAUCCAACGAGGGUUCGAAAUUUCUCCGCCUCUAUGUCGAAUCAUCCUCCAAGCUCGUUGAAAUUUCCCAAGCGUGGGAAUUCCGCAAAGGCAAGCCGGGGUUUCCGCAUAUUUUGAACCUAGUAGCUGCAAUAAUGAAGCAUUCCAAGGACGUCGGCCAUGGCGGCGUUGGUCAAGCUUUGAAUGAGUUUGCACGGUGGGUGAUAGUAGAGAAAAUGGGAGAUUUGUACAAGGAAUUGAAUAGUAAAGAGGCGAAGAGACAGAACGCUGUACUUUUUCUGUUAGCAUCCAUUGUUAAGCGUAAUUCACAUCUGGCGUGGGAAUUAGCCAAGGUAUUUGAUUUCAAGCUAGCUGUUUUUAGUAAGCUAGCAGAAGUGAGGUUGAGAGCAAAAAAACUUGUUGAGGGAAGAACUAAAAAUUAUUCAACAAGAAAAGCUUUUGUGGCUUUUGCCAUGGCGUUUUUGGAGGUUGCAAACCCGAGGUUUAUGAGGGGAAUUUUACAGAAAAAGGAGAUGUAUUUGGGGGUGUUGAGGGGGCUGGAGAAUGACGAUGAUGAGACUGUGGUUCAUGUGCUGUCUGUUCUGCGAGAUAAAGUGCUUUAUUCGGAGUCGUUGGUGCCGACGGGGCUAAGGAGUGUGUUGUUUGGUACUGUUACAUUGAAACAGCUGGUUAGUGUUUCCGGGAGGGAAGAUUUCGGCGAGGCGGCAGAGUUGGCUAAUAAUGUGUUGGUUAUGGCCUGUACUGAUCCGAUGAAUGGGCUGAUGCCGGAUUUAGAAAGGGUGCCGAGUCCUCUCCAUGGGAAUCGGAAGCGCCUUUUGGGUCUGAUGAAAAACUUGAAGGCUACGGAGAUUGCUUUGCAUAAGAGGCUGCUGCUGGCGAUUGUCAAUGGUCGGCCAUCAUUGGGGUCUGCUUAUUUGGAUGAGUUCCCUUACAAUCUUGAUGAUCUUUCAUCGAAUAAAUGGUUUGUUGCUAUUUCUUUGGCUUCAGAUGUUGUCUCUGCAGUAACCGAUGGGCUUUCAAUUGGCGCUGUCGGUAGAUCACCUGAAUUUUAUAUUCAAAAUAUGCAAGAUAUAUUAAAAUGCAUCGGACCACGACCCUUCACUAGAUUAGUUAUGAACAAAGGGUUACUUCACUCGAAAUCUCUUGUGAAACAUGGAACAGUGAAGCUUGUAUUCGAGGUGUUAAAGUUAUUGGGAUUUUUAUUUGAAAAGAUGGACCAUUCUUCACUCACAAAAAACCGUAUGAUGCAUAAAUGGGAAGCAUUAAAGGCAGAGAUUCAACAUGGAGUCUGCUUGUUGCUUCCCGAUCCCCAAGUUUUGCUGUCUUUACUUUCUCCCCUGAAUAACUACACCAAGAAUCUUGAAUCUACUACAAAAAGGAAGGCUGAAUCAGAGAUUGCAUUGGAAUCAAAACCAUGUGCAAGUGCUAGAAAGCGGUUGAAAACUUCUGCUGCAAAUGAAGAUGUUGACAUUCUUAUCAGUGGGGUUGAUAAUACUUUUGAGGUGGAUAUCUCCGGUGAUGGAGGAGUUGCAGAGUUAUGUGAGCAACAAAUGGAGAAUGUUGAUCCUAUCAUGGAAGGUGUUAGAAACCUUUGGGGUUUAAAUCAGCUUACGGAUUUAAAAGACGUGGAUGUAUAUUUUUACUCGAAGAUUCUUGAGACUCUUCAAAUCUAUUAUCGGACUAUUCCGAUGGCCAUGGAGGGAUUAGUUGAUUUAUUUAAAUUUCUACCAAAUAAUCCUCUGGCACUACCGACAAUUCUGCAGCAGUCCCUAUUAAAACUGCUUAAUGAACAUGUCAAUCAAUUCUCUGGAAGGAUGCCUGCACAGAUGUACAAGCACCUCGAUUCAUUUGUCACCUUAUUGAUUUGUUCGUCUGUAAGGGAGAUAAAGGAGCAGGCUUAUAAGUUAGCAAGGGCGGCCAUGUUAAGCAGCGGUGCAUUUGACAACAGCACAGGGGAAAUUUGUGCUUGGUUCUUUUUCAUACCUGGGUAUAGUGGCACUCGAGUUUUUUUCGAAGAGCAGGAAGUUGAAAGUGUUGAGAAGUUGUCAUCUAUUAUUAUAUCUUUCCUUUGUCAUGCUAUUUCCACAAUUGGCAACAACUUGUACAGAUAUAUGGAUUCGUUGAGGCAUUACAUAUAUGACAAAGAUGGUGGUAAAGAUCUAUAUAUUGAAUUUAGCCCUUUUAUCAUAUGCAUUUUGGAGCAUUGCCUCCGGUUGUUGAGCUCGAAGUCCAGAUCCUUCACACUACCCCAGAAAUCACUGAUAUCUCUGUAUGUUUGCAACUCAAUCAAAUACAUAUUGGAUACACAAGUAAAUGCUGGAGCUUUGUCAUAUCUAAUUGAUCGUGUAUUAUCUGAGAAGCUUGAAAAGUGCGACAGUAAAAUUGUUGCUAUGGAAUUCAGCACAUGUCCCCGUGAGUGGAGGCCAUUGAAGGCUCUGCUGCAUUUUGGACGUGAUAUUUUGCAUCAGCAAUAUUACAACUUACAUUCCAAUACUCUCCAUUUAUCAAUGGUAUCAUCUAUAUUCUUUCCUGAAUCAAAUCAUCUUGCUGAUGUUUCAUCAACCAUAUGGCCUGAAAUGUUCUUCACUGCUCUGAAUAAUGUUAUUCACGGUAGAGUAAAGAAGGAAGACAUAUCUUAUAUGGGUGAUUUUGAGUCAAAGGAAUCUGCUUCUCAUGCAUUUGCUUGCUACUUAAAAAGUGCUCCAUUUCAUGUGCUUUUUUCAUCUGUUAUGCAAAGUACAAGCUUGCAUUUAUUUGAGCAGUCGGGCCUUCUAAAGUUAUUGUUUGAGAAGGUCUCUGAGAUGCCGUAUGAUCAUCUUGUUUCUUCAUUAUGCAACGUACUCUUCUGGAUUAAUCACACAAGGUUAUGCCACAGAGACAGAUCUUUGGAUGAGCUCAAAGUUGUCACUGAAAUAUGCUUUAAACUCAUGGAGCAUAUCUUGAAGAAAGUGUUUGUCGAAUAUACGGACAUUUUUAGUCCAGCUUUUGGUAAAGCUCCGACACUGCAUUAUGAGGUUGAAGUGGUAGAAGUUAUCUUUAAUCACCCAGCUGUGGUUUCAUUUCUUAAUUCCCCUCUCUCUUGUGGUGAAGAGCUUUCUGAUUCCGUCUUCGGGGAGCCUUUGGAGGAACUUCUUGAAUCAGCUAAACAGAGAGUUCAUAUGAUAGAUCACGGUAUCCUGAAUUUGAUAAGAACAGUUUCUGAGCAUGUCUUUGCUAUUUGUCGUGAUUGUGCACAGGAUCAGGUUACAGAUAUCAGGAAUUGGAUAUCCAGAGCAUUUAAAGUGAUGGAGCAGAAACUGUUUCUUGCAUUCAAACUCAAGUUCGAUGCGUGUCUCCUGUUGAUGGAUUUUAAGCCUUUGCUUCCGAUUUUUUAUGCUAUUUGCACCUUGGUUGGUUGCAUGUCUCCCUUUGAGCUGCUUGACUUGGUGAACUGGUUAUUCUCUAGGAUUAGUUUCGACAGUACAGCCUUAUCGUUGAACAGAAAUGCUCAUUUUGUUGCAUUGCACUUAGCUAGUUGCUGUUUUGAUUCUCUUGGAGGAAGACAGGGAUAUAGCUUUUUAGGUGGGACAGAUGAGACACAGUUUGAUGUUUUGGAAUUUGAAAAGAUUUUCUUUCAAGUAUUGGAUUUUGGCAAACGAUCCAAACUAACUGUGGCUGAUACAUGUCUGCUUAAAGCUGUCCAGGUUAUAAAAUAUUCACAUCUUUCAUCUUCUAUGGCUUUAUCAAGAGUUGUGGCGAGCACUCCAGUGAAUAUAAUCUCUUAUUGCUUACAUGGUAUUAAUCCGACAAAAGCUGAGUUGUUGUACCUUAUAACUGGAAUGAGCCCUGUGCAUACAUCUGUCUUUGGAUUUAUGCUUUCGGAAAUAGUGGAUAAUUCGUUUCCUCCUAAUGCCAAUGCAGUUGAAGAAACUUGUAAAUAUUCUUUUUCUGAUGAAGAAUUGGUGAUGCUUUUGCCUGCUGUGCUCUUAUACUUGAAUUCCGUCAAGUCCAAAUUUGAGGGACAGCACUGCAAAUACUUCGAGAGAAUAAUUUUGGCAUACUUCCGUGUACUGUUUGGUGGCUUUUCUGAGUGGAAGACGUUUGUCUCUAGAUCGAUAUUUGAGAUUGGUGUUGAUGGUCCCUCAACUGCAACCACUGAAGCUUUUUCGAAGCUUUUCUCUGAUAGUCUUCUUGGAAAGGCAAUCCAUAUGACACAGGAAUAUUUAGCAUCAAGUGAAGAAAUGUCGAAGUCUAAAAGCAGGUCAAGUUUAUUUAAGUCGGUGUGCCCAUCUCGCGCAGAUGAUAUUUUUGACAACAGCCUUAGCGAGAGAAGCUUGCAUUUGCUCAAACGGCCUUUAGAUUUUGUCAACAGAGUUGUUGCGAAAGUAAAACUAUGUAGAAUCGUAUUAUUUCCCGAUUGUCAUCAGCUUCAUUCUCAGAUGGGAAAUGGAGAAAGAGAGGAGAUUCACUCACAAGUUAACUCUCGUAUCGAAAAGUCGAGAGUCCGGUUUUUAAAGAUGUUGAUCGAUUCCUGGAUAGUAAUUGUCAGUAAAUCCUCUAAGUUUCUUGAUCAUGGUGGGAAUAUAGAUGGAUUGGAUCUUUCUUUGGCUAGAUUUCUUGAAAUCUUUGUUAUCAACAAUAUAUCAGAAUUGACGACGUUGAUGCGCGAUUAUCUUAUCCAGCUGGAUUCUCUUCCCUUUAUUGAAUCACUAGUUAAGUCGUUUCUUCUUCAUAGGUUUGGGGAUCCUGUCUCUAUGAAGAUGCUUCGUACUGUUCUAACUUCUUUGAGUGAUGGAAAAUUUUCGUGUGGAUCAGUACUUCAGCUGUUGCUUGCUCAUUCCCAAUUUGCUCAGACAAUUCAUAUGGCCUGCGGGUCACAUAUUUCAACUCCACUGGGUUUGGUUUUGACUCCUAUGCCGAGCAUUUUAAGGUCAAUUGUUAUCGCCACGACUGAUUUAGACACCUCGGAUUUCCGAAGCAGUAAAUUAACAUCUCAGCAACACUUGAAUUCGCUGGAACUUGUAAAGCUAGUCAGGGUGCUUUUCCGUAUAUAUUCACAGCAAAAAGAGAGAAAUUCUGUGUCUGAGACGGACCUCAAUUCUAAGGAGUUGGUCUAUCUUCUCUUGUCAUCUUAUGGGGCGACGUGUUCUGAGAUUGACUUGGAAAUAUACAAUUUGAUCACAGAAAUCGAGUCGAAUGAUGCGUCGCGUGCUGGUACUGUUGCUCAAAUGUGUUACCUGUGGGGAAUUGCUUCUUCGAAGGUUAGAAAGGAUUGGGAACAUGAAAAGCUCGCGCAGUCUUCUGAUCGGAAAACUAUGGAAGCACUUGAAGAACGUCGGAAGAUGAUAAUUAGGGAGAACCUUCCAGUCGACCCUAAGCUCUGUGCUCAGACAGUGUUGCAUUUUCCUUACAACAGAUUUGUCGAUUCUGGUACUCCUAGGCAGCAAGUAUACGAUCCGUUUUUCGUUCUCCGCUUCUCGAUUCACAGUCUUUCCAUGGGCUAUAUCGAGCCGGUUGAGUUCGCCAGUGUGGGAUUGCUUGCUGUUACAUUUGUAAGUAUAUCUUCACCCGAUGACGAUUUGCGAAAAUUGGGUUAUGAGACACUUGCCCUGUUCAAGACUGCACUAGAGAAUUGCCGAAAGAAGAAAGACGUGUCGCAGCUUCGUCUCCUACUGUCGUAUGUGCAAAAUGGAAUCGAUGAGCCGUGGAAAAGGAUCCCAUCAAUUGUUGCUGUAUUUGUUGCAGAAGCUUCUUUGGUAUUGUUAGACUCGUUGCACGACAAUUAUUCGACUAUAAGUAAGCAUAUUAUGAGUUCUUCCAGAGCGAACAUGAAGGCCAUACCGUUGUUCCAAACCUUUUUCUCGAGUAGCUCCAAAAGUUUUCGAGCAGAUAGAUUGUGGAUGCUUCGACUGUUGUAUGUCGGCCUGAAUUCAGAAGAUGAUGCUAGAAUUUAUAUCAGAAACUCCAUUUUUCAGAAUCUCUUGAGUUGCUAUUCUUCGCCUCUUUCGGAUAAUGAUUCGAAGGGACUUACCAUUCAGAUAGUUAAGAAGGCUGUUCAAUUACGUAAAGCAGUCUGGUUUUUAGUCAAGAACUGUGGUUUGAUUUCAUGGCUGUCUUCUAUUGUUUCCUCUCUCUCUGGAAAUACAUCCCAAGACGAGAAGAUAUUUACUCGGACACAGUUGCCCGUCAUUUUGGAGAUCGUAAAUUAUAUCACGGCUCCCAGAAACAUAUUCGAGUGGCUUCAGAAUACGGCAAUGGAGCAGCUUUCAGAACUUUCAUCGCAAUUAUACAAACUCUUAGCGGACAACAUUGUCCUUGACGUCGGAAAAUACAACAUUUGCAGCUCGAUUCUGCAAAUAUUGACGACGGUUCUAAAGAUUUCUCAGAAAAGAAAGGUGUAUCAGCCUCAUUUCACAUUGUCCGACGAAGGUUUACUUAGCCUUAAAAAUUCCGUCGAAUCAGCAACGUGCGAUACAAGUACGGUUUUGGGACUCAAAGCUGUUCUUAUGAGCACUCCUCCUGUCACUCUUCUCCGAAUGGAUCACGAAAAGCUUUCCGGGUUCAUAAAAUGGGCGGCGACAGCUGCGAUUCAAUCAACCUCGUCGAACCUUCGACCCGAAGAUUGCGACAAUCGUUCAACGGCGGGGAAGAAAGUGAUCGAAGAACCCCUCACGUCGAAGCUUCUGCGGUGGCUCACUGCUGCAGUGAUCCUCGGAAAGAUUUCCUGUAAUUUAGACAUGAUUAUCGACAGCGAUAUCUUGGAAAAACCGAACCUCGAUAAUCUGCUGUCUCUGUUCAGACACGACGAUAUGGCGUCGGGAGAAACUUCAUCCGAAGACACCUUAGCUGCCGCAAUACUUUACCUGCUGCAGAAAGUGAAAUUCGACCACGCGUUGCUUCGUUCUGCCGUCUCGGCGCUCUGUCUCCUCCUCUCGCAUUUGUUUUCAGAGGUGGAUUCGUCGCCGACGCCUCUCCGAGCGCUCUGUCUGAAAAUACGUUGCCCGGCCGAAGCCAAGCCCACGUGGAGAUGGUCGUAUUACCAGCCGUGGAGGGAUCUUACCAUGGAAGCUUGCGACGACAAGGACAGAGUCGAGGAAAUCCACGGCUGCGAAAUGCUCGUGAUGAUGGCUUCGCGCGCUGUUCGCAACGGAGCUGGUCGAUCGCAUCGACUGACGGAUGACGAAGAUGGCGCGGAAUUUGUUGGGCGUGUAUGGGACUGGGAAACCGGCCUUGUUCAUUCAUCCUCCGUCUGAAAGGGUCACAAUGUUUAUCUCUUUCAAGUAAGCUCACUAUUUUGGAUUUUUUUGGUCUUAUGUGAUUUUGUUCUUUGUUCUGUUGUAUAUUUGUGUUAGUAUAUUUUUCAAACUGUAUAUAUUAGAGGUUGUUGAUUUAUUAAUCUGGUAGGGUUUUGAAUUUGUUUA